AUGAGCGCCGUCGAAGAGAGAACCGCUGAGAAGAGGCCGUUGGACAAGGGAGACGAAAAUGAUGAGGUGAACGCCAAGGAAGCUCGCAUCGAGAACGGCAAAGCCGAGGUUUGUAAUCAUAAUUUUUCAACGGAAAACGCAAUUGGAAGAUAUAGUUCGUAGAAGCUAGAAGCUCAAUUUUCAAAUUUUGUUGUGCUGUAGCGUUACCCUUUCACGCUAUUUCUUGUUGUCUCGAGCAGAGACGGAGGAAGGGAAUUGGCGCGCGGCCAGAUGGCGCGAUGCCAAGUGGCCGAAAGAGAGGGGGAGAGUAUGAGAGACUGCCGCGUGUUGAGGGAAUAGAGGUGCACUUGGCGCUUGCAAGCAAAGUCUUUUGAUGAACUAACUUAGUAUUAGCCAGAAAAAAGUAGCGAUAUAGUAAGACAUUAUAGUCCAUAAGCUCGAGUCACGCUCAUAGUGUUCUUUCAUAACUUUGUUAUGAAUUAUUUAUAAUCAUUAACGAGACAUUCCAUUAACGUGUUUGUUUUGCAGGAGGAAGUCUCCAAGGACAAGGCUCCAGUUAAAGGUUGGUUUCGAUUUCCACUAUCAAGUGGUUCGAUAUGAAAGAAAAACGCCGCGCUAUGCAUUAUGCAAUCGAGAUUUCAUGGUGAAAAAUUUUUAAUUUUCAUCCGGCGCUGCAUCUAUCGUUUUGCGGACGCAGAGAUUCGGUGUUGUGAGCGCCGUUUUGAAACGACAUGCAGCGACGUCGUCGAGUCACACAGCACACAGCGGCGACGGGUGGCCAGUCCGCUACGACAGCCGCACGGCCAAAUGCGAGAGAGCGCUCAAUGUCUGGAGACAAGGCCGGCGUGUGCUAGACGGUCAGCGUCUCCUCACGUUUGACGCAGAGUAAUGCGGAGCGGCGACCGCGACGCACACCUCGUCCUUCGAUAACAGGCAUCCUUUCGCAAGCGCAAUACCAAAUUUACAAUCGAUCAAGAAUGUGUGGGAAAUAUGUGUCUUAGGAAGUGACACAAGAAAAAAGUAUUUCCUUUCAAAAAAGUCAGUGCAAAGAGUACUUCAUGCUUCUUUAAGUUGCAAAAGUUCAAAAUUUUACGGAGAGAAUUUUCAGAGAAGGCGGUCGCUGGGGAUGAAGAAGAGGAGGAGGAUGACGAUGUGGAUGAGGAAGAUGUGAACGACGAGGAGUCAUCUGAAGGCGAAGGCGAGGGCUCUGAAGGAGGUGAUUUUUUGUGAAAACCUCGCCAUGCUAAAAAUAAGAGCGCGUUCAAAGUGACUUGUCACUGUGUAGAGAAACUGAAGGAAAAAAAAGUCUUCAAUUGCGAAGUUAUUUCGGACUUAUAAUUAAUUCCAAAGAGAAAAUGUUUCCAGCCUCAAUAUUCGGUUUUUACAGGUGAAGGCGAGGAGGAAGAAGGAGACUCUGGAGAAGAGGAGGAUGGCGACGAGGGCGAAGGUGGCGAGGAGAGCGAUUGA